AUGUCGGAUUUUGGAAAGGUCCUUAACACUAUUGGGGAAUUUGGUUUAUUCCAGAAGCUCCUUCUUCUUGCAUUAUGUUUUCCAAAUCUUAUCAUGCCCUUUCACUUUGCCAGUUUGAUUUUUGUUCAGUCUGACCCAGACAGACGGUGCAACACAGACUGGAUCCUUAGAAAAGGUCCCAACUUAACCACAGAGGAGCAGCUGAACUUGACCCUGCCCCGGGAGCAGGAUGGGGCCCUCAGUAGGUGUCUGAUGUUUGUCCCAGUGGACUGGGACAUUGACACCAUCAGAGCGUAUGGACUUAAUGAGACCACAGGUUGCCAGAAUGGAUGGGUGUACGACAAGACCAUGUACGAGGCCACUAUAGUCACUGAUUUUGAUCUAGCCUGUCAGAAUGUUGAUUUUGUGAAAGUGGCACAAUCAGUGCUGAUGGCCGGUAUUCUUCUUGGUUCUCUCCUAUUCGGACCUUUUGCUGAAUCAUUCGGCCGCAAACGAGCAAAUCAAAUUCCAGUGGUUCUUAUGUUCAUAUUUACUGUGACAACUGGGUUGUGUCCAAACUUCUACUUAUACUCUGCAUCACAUUUUAUGGUGGGCGUUGGAUACGGAGGUUUUCGAGUCAACUGCAUCUUACUCGCCACCGAAUGGGUCGGAGUAACCAAGAGGUCAUAUGGAACGUGUAUGACUCAGAUAUUUGGUGCAAGUGGCCAGUGUAUCCUCGCUGGCCUGGUCUACUUCAUCCGGGACUGGAGACUAGCCCAGUGGGUCACAGCAGCACCCCUUGCCGUGGUUGCUAUGUACAUAUGGUUUAUUCCAGAGUCAGCCAGGUGGCUGAUGGACAGAGGAAGGGCAGAGGAAGGUAAACUGCUGAUUCUCAAGGUGGCGGCAGUCAACAGAUGCACCGUUCCAGACUCGCUGCUGGAAAAUAUGGCUCAGGAGAGACCUGUGGAGAAAGGAGGUGUAAAAAGUCUCAUCAAAUCCCCAGUGCUUAGAAAGUACUUCUCCAUUUUAACACUAGCAUGGUUUUCAUUGAACCUUUCCUUCUACUCCCUUACAUUCAAUGUGGGGAGCUUUGGCCUGGACAUCUUUUUGACACAGCUUAUCUUCGGUCUCACUGAAUUACCAGCUCACGUUAUUUGCAUCUGGCUGUUAGAGGUGGUGGGAAGAAAAUUAUCCCUAAUGGGUACCCUUCUGUUUGGUGGCCUGCUGUGCAUCUUAACCCUAGCUGUUCCACAAGGUACCGCCAUUGCUGUCACCAUAUUAGCCACAGCAGGACGCGUUUUUAUGAACUGUGCAGGAUCCAUAUGCAAUAUCUAUGUUCAGGAGCUGUUUCCAACAUCCUUCCGACAAACGGCCUCAGGUUUAGGGGCCAUCGCCACCAGAAUUGCAGGGCUGUUGGCCCCGUCGCUCAACAUGCUGGCUGUUUUCCACUGGGCCAUACCCACCGUUGUCUUCAGCAGCCUGUCGAUGGUCGGUGGUGCCCUGGUCUUCCUGCUUCCUGAGACCAGGAGAACGGAGCUGCCCGAUUCAAUGGAUGAGGCGGAGGGAAAGAGGUAA